CAGACUCCAGUCAGAAAGAUGGGUCGGCUGUAGGUGGCCUAUCCUCUCGGUUCGGUUCAGCGCUGGGGUUGGGCACCUCUUCAUUUUGGGCCUUUCUUUACGCUCACCUGGGCCUGCGCCCCUUUAACACAGACCCUUCACUGUAGUUUUCAAAUGCGGACUAUGGGGGGAGGUGGAGAAGGAGAAGGAGACCAUCAGAGGACCCCCAGCCCCUGCGCUCACUGCCCUUGUCCGGGAACAGCUGUGGAGUUGGGGCCAGGGCACAGUUGAGCAGAGCUGGCUGGAAGACUGUCCGAACCGGCACCCUCAAUUGACCCCCAGGACAGCACCUAGGGCCAUGGCCAGAGAGGGAACCACAGUGACCAGGAGGGUGGCAUCCAUGGACACGGCGGGGAGGGAGGAUGCCCUUUCCCUUGCUGGUGCUCAGAGGUUUGGCCAGGGUCAUGCCCCCCACCAUGGAAGAGCACCUAUGGAUUCAAAUGAGCAAUGUCCAAGUCAGAGGGAGGAGGUCACAUGUAGUUCCUUGUCAUCGGUUCCCGCCUGCUUUACUCUUGAUGUUGACGAUUGGGUGAGAUGAAAGCCUCUCCAACGGACCCAAGGAACCAGAGUGCUCCAGCCGGCCUAGCUUGGAAGCCAGUGUGGAGCUGGCGCCUGGUAGGUCUGGGUGUUGAAUGGACACAGCUGGUUCAUCGGAUCUGCUGACAGGGGCCCCACGGGGCGGAGUCCCCGAUGAGGAAGCAGGAAGAAAAGGAUGCCGAGCUGGACCGGAGGAUAGCUGCCCUGCGAAAGAAGAACCAGGCCUUACUGCGUAGGUACCAGGAGAUCCAGGAAGACCAGAGGCAGGCAGAGCAGGGGGACAUAGCUGGGAGCCUGCUGCAGCCCCUCCCACCUGACAGCCUUACUGUCACCAUCAGCCAGGUUCCUGGGGGGAAACGAGUGGUCAGCAGGAACUGGGGACUGCGCAGCCUGGGCCGUGGGGCAGCCAGCGAGCUGCCUGAGGAUGAGGACGAAGACCAUGCAGCUGCCUUCUGCUCGGGGGAGAGGGUGGAGCUGGCUGUGACCAUGGAAAACAAGGCUGAGGCCAAGAGGGUGGUCAGUGAAAAGCCCACCAGAGCCCGGAACCGGGGGACAGGUGGAUCACUUGGCAGGGACUUUGGGUGCAGCCCCCCCAUGCAGACUGCUGCCAGCCUGGAUUCGGCACGGAAGGGGGCCCGGGAAGCCCGGAGUGUGGGUCGGGCCCCAGGCCCAGCUCCCCGGUGGUCGGCCGCAGGGCUCACAGAGGUGGGCUGGGACUACAAGCAGUGGAAGCAGGAGCGGGAGCAGAUUGACCUGGCCCGCCUCGCCCGGCACAGAGACGCACAGGGUGACUGGUGCCGCCCGUGGGACCUGGACAAGGCGAAGCCCACGCCGAAGGACUCUGACUACCACAGGGAAGAGGGCCCAGGCAGGGGCGGCAGAAGGGGUUCCAGGAGCCACCGGAAGCUGCAGCUGCCACCACCCCCUGAUGGAGAAGGGCCGUCUCUUGCAGGUGGUACCACACGAGGUGGGCAACACAGCAGACCCUCGGUGGCACCGGCCACAGGCAGCAAGGCCCAGGGGAAGGAGAGGCUGACGGGCAGGGCUCGCAGGUGGGAGAGGAAGGAAGACCAGGAGCCAGAGAGUCAGGAGGGAAGUCGAAGCCCUGGAAAGACCCCUACUGAGGAGGAACAGGGACCACAGCGAAGUGGGAUGGAGCCAGGAGAACCCAGCAGUGGCCCAGCCCCCAGCCCAGCCCUGGCAGGCCCAGAGGGGCCCAAUAGGGAGCCAGGGCCUUCAGCAGCCAGCUCGGCCCCUGCCUCCCCACAGCACACUGACUUGGCUCCCCUUGACCUCUCUCUUGGAGGGGUCAGGAGCCCUGUGCCCAGGGAGAGCCUGGGUGUGCUGAGUCCGGGGCCUGGGGCCCAGGAAAGCCCCGGGGCCAGGCCGGAUGGGUCAGAGCAGACUCUGGGAUGGACUAACCAUCAGGCGGACCUGGAAGUCCAGAGUAGCUCUGAGCCACACAGAGGGGCCGGGCGCCUCCAGCCCCGUGAAGACGGGUCUGGGAAGGAGGGGGACCAGCAGGGCCUGGCCCAGAGAAGCAGGCCCCUCAGAGGAACCAGUAAAAGGGGAAGAGGGACAGCAGGUGUGAGGCGCAGGACAGGGGGGCCAGGCCCUGCAGGAAGAUGCUGAGCACAGCUCCUGAGAGCUAGAAGGGAGGUGGGGAGCGUUUUGUGUGAUGAAUGGCUGGUUGCCAGAGGCUUGUGCCAGGCUGGCUGAGCAGUUUGGCAAAGUCUCUGGCAAAGCACUGUAGUGAGGGCAGAGCUGUUGCCUUCCCCGCCGCUCACCUGCAGAGCCCUGUGCACCGGUGCGGGGCUCAUGUGCAGGCACAGCCCUUGCUGGCCCUGGCCUGGCCUCUGCUUCCCAGGCCCCACUCCCUUCUCCAAGGUGAGACAGGGCUGGGAAGCACUUGGCUCUCUGCUCCCCUUACCCCAAGGGCCUGAGCUCCUGCCCCAGCUGAUUCAGGCUCCUCAAGGGCCACUCUAGCUGAAGCAGGGGAACCAGGUUCCAGCAAGCACCUGGCCUGUGGCAGAGAGAGCCGGCCCAUGGCAUAAGGCACCCAGCGGGCAGGGCCUGGGCUCCCAUCUCCUCUGGGAAGGCCUCCUCUCACCACAGGGCGGGAGGGGCUCACCACCAGGAAGCCCUGCGGGUCAGACAUCAAGUACACCCUGGGUCACUUCCUGCCUACUCAACUUCCUCCCCGGCCCUCCCCCCAUGGCCCUGCAAAGGCACAAAGACAUGGACUCUGGUGGAGAAGGCCACUCACAAGGGAUGCAGAGAGAGAGUGACUCCAGCCAAGGGCGACAACAGGACUGGUCUCUCCUCCUUAGCCACCAUCCCUGCCCCCAGGGCCCGCAUCUGGAGGAUUCUCUAGACUCCGCACAAGCUGUGGCUUCCUCUCGAUUCAACAAACAUUUCCUGAGCACCCGCUACGAUGCGCAGCCACUCCCCCCCUAUCCCAGGGGCCAGCCGGUCAGACCUCCAGGGGCACAGCCCCACUUCUGCUCAGCUGGGGAGAGGGGGUGCUCUUUGCUCCCGGAUGCCACCAGUGGUCCCCUCUGUACCCGUUUCUGUGCCAAGUCUGUUCUCUGCGGAGGGUCCCGGGCUUACUUCCCCUGAGGGAUGCGGGAGGAGUGUGCCAGCUCCGCCCACAGGAGCGCCCCACUGCUCAGUGAGCCCGAGGUCCAGGGGUCCCCACCUCAAGGCCCCUCUCCCAGAGCUAGCUGGCUCCUGCACCCCUCCCCUACUCAGGAAGCUUGGGGAUCUAGGAGCGCUUCAGGUCAGAUGGUGGGUUGGGGGCAUCUCAUACUUGGACAAGGGGCGGGUUCAUCCACAUUCUGUUCCGGAGGUCUGCGGAAGUCGCCCUUCUAAUAGGCUCCAGGGGACGUCUGUGCCGCCGGUGGCGGACUACCUUUUCAGAGGUCUCAGGAAGUUGGUGGCGAAAUGGAAUGGAAAAACAGUGGUUUCCCAUGAACUUUUUGAAACCCCCUCAUUUAUGUGGAUGUGGGGAACCAAGACCCACUGUAGGUAUUAAUGGCUGGAAGUGUAGGGGUUGUGGCAGGGAGCCAAGGCUCCCGGGCAGGGUCCCUGUGUGGGUGCUGCCAACGUCCUCAAGUGGGGGGUGAGAAAGCUGGCUGGGGAUGAGACUGGGUAGAGGGCACUGUAAGUGAU